GGACUGGAGUCGGCUGGCGAUUUAGCGCAUUUGUUUUACUCGACGGACGAGGCGGAGCAGUGUGGAGUGCCCACGGCCUGGGCCGUGGCUCGGGACGUGGCGCGGGUGACGCCGUGGCUGGUGCCCGCGCAUGGCAUUUGCGCGGAGGGGCGAUUUGGCGGCGCGGCGGCGGCCGCCGCGCCCGCCGUGAGCGCGGGGGCCGCGGCGGGGAAAGGGCGUGGGCCUACCGCCGCGCGCCGCGGUCGGCCGAGACGCUGUGCCGCAGUGGCGACGGAGGCGGCAGAGCGUGAGGGGCGCGUUCAGCUGGCGGUCAGCGCAGUUCGAGUGUCGCUUGAAUGGCGCCCGGAAAGCGGCCUCGGGCAGGGGUUGCAGGAGGCGCAGGCCGAGAUGCUCGCCGACGUCUCGUCCGCGGCGGUGUUUAGGCUGAGUAAUUUCGAAUCCGGGACGCUGCGCACGGCCUUGCGCGUGUGGGGGCAGUGGGCCGAGUGGGCGGGCCGGCAAGGGCAGCCGGCGACGAGUCUGGCGCGGCAACCCAUGGCAGUCGCCGAGUUCGUGCAUAAGCUCUCGAUCGCACGGGCGUCCGGCGUCAGGCCAGGCACCGUAGCACCGCCGGCCCAGGCCACUGUCGUCGACCCCGAGAUGAUUUACCAUGUGAUCGAUUUCCUGGAUGGCGCGAGAACGCCUGGGCAAGUCAUGCUCGCGGCUGGGAUGCUGGCGGUGGUAUUCGCGUGGGUGAGGUACACGCACCUGCUGCGCUCUAGGCGGCUAGGUGGCGCGCGGUCCGCCGCUGACGCCUUGUGGGAUGGUUGGCACAAGUUGGCGGCGCGGGAAGAUCGAGCAGGAAGGGCUGUGCCGACGGGGCUCGUCUUCGAUCCAGUUUCCGGCGCGCCGGUGAAGUUGGGUGCCUUUAACCGAUCGCUGAAGGAAGUAUUCCGAGGCUCGCUAGCGGACGAUUCCCAGUUGGAUCUUGUGACUUCGUACAGUUUGCGCCGGGCUGGGCCUACAUGGGCGAGCGCGAUACAAUUGGACUGGGAAGCCCGAGUCAUCUCGGGCGGUUGGACGGAGGGGGGAGACAACUCCCGUCGGAACCAGAUGCCGAUCGGGUAUAAUGCGCGUCGGCGGCAAGCCGAGAUGUGCACGCGCCUGCACAUGGCCGGAGUGUUGUCGUGCCUGCGGACCGAUCUGGAGGCCCCAGUGCAGUGGGAGCAAGUGCGAUGCUGGGCGAGUUCUGCGCCAGGAAAAGUAAUGUUGGCCGACCUAGAGAAAGAGGCGCAGCAGCGGGUGGCGGUGUCGACCGUUCGUGAGAAGGCCGCGUUCUUGCCCCCGUCGGUCGUCGAGGAGUUGAGGCGGCAGAAGUUUCUCCGGAUAAUCGUG